AUGGCUCAAAAGUGGUAUUUCAACAAAGAAGAGUUGAAGAACUCUCCUAGUUCCAAGGAUGGCAUCAGCGCGGAGAAGGAGCUAGAUCACAAACAACAAGCCGCUUACCUUAUAACUGAUUUGGGCAAGCGGCUAAAGUUGUCAGAAGUCUGUGUGCACACUGCCAUUGUGUACAUGCACAGAUUUUUUAUUCACCAUUCAUUAGCCAAGUUUCACCGGUAUGAAAUUGCCACGGCAGCGAUUUUUCUGGCGGCAAAGGUGGAAGAAGAGCCACAAAAAUCGCAGGCGGUCAUCAGCGCUCUUCAUGUCUGCCUCAACAAAUACGAAGUUCACCAACUGGACACUACUUUUGCCGAGAACCAGGAGAAGGUCAAGGCACUAACUUCAAAUGAGCAACUUCUUCUGGGAACACUUGGAUUCAAGAUGGGGGUUAGUCACCCUCAUCAUUACAUCAAGAAAUUCUGUGGGGAAAUAAAAGCUUGCAAGGAAUUAUGCAAGAUUUUCCUGCAGAUGGCUAAUUACACUUUACAGAUGACGUCAAUGUGCGUGAAAUAUAAACCGGCAGUUGUGGCGUCAUUCUGUAUUUAUUUCACCAUCCAAUCAUCGCAGUGGAAGAUUCCCCAAGUCAUAGACGGGAAUCUUUGGUUUUGGCUCCUCGACACCAAAGUGACCUUCGAUUUACUGAUUAAGAUGGACAGGGAGUUCAAAGCGGUUUUAGAGAAAAUGUCACCCAGGAUAAAAAAAAUUAAUCCUCCGGCUCCUCUCAAAAACUUCGCUCUCAGCCCAUCUACAUUUGAGUUCUUACCAUCGGAAUACCAGAAAACCUACGCUGAACUCCAGGCCCACAUCCAAACGAAAGCAAGAGGAAGACCGCCAAAAGCGGAAGCUUGGAGCAAGGAUCGAACACCCUCGUCCAAUUCUAUACUAAAUUAUCUGUCUCCUGCGAGUUCUAAAAGAGGCAGGGAAGAAGACUCUUUCACCCACACACCUGCAGGGCAUCCGAAAAAGAAAAUUUCCAGGCAGGUUUUAUCUCCAACAAAUCAGGGUUCAUAUCCGGAUUCUAGUGGCUUAAAUUCUGCAAUAAGCAUGGAGUCAGCGAUCCUCAAGAAACUCGACGAGAUGAGUACAAGUACAGCAUCACAGCUAAAUUUGCUGAAAAAGGAAUUAAUGACCAAAAUUGAAGAUUCUCGCAAGGAGUCUACCAAGGAAUUCCAAGAAUUGAUAGAAAGCCUUAGGCAAGAAAAUUCUGAACUAAAAGAUACCGUUGGAUCCUUAGAAGCUCGUGUCAAAAUCCUAGAAUCCUCUUCAACCAACUGUAUAACCUCGCCGAAGGGAACUGUUCGCUCUUUGCACGAAGAGAUAGCUUCUGCUUCGGCAAACGCGGUUGAAAAGCAACUUCGUAAAAAUAAUAUUAUUGUCAAAGGUUUACAGGUGCAGGAUGGCGAUCCCUUCAAGACCCUAAGCAAUUACAUCCAAGUCAACUUGGGCAUCGCCAACUGUAUCACCAGCGCCACAGUGAUCGGUAAGAACAACGACAUGAUCAAGGCCACUAUACUGGACGGGACAACUAAGAAAGAAAUCAUGACCAAAAAGAACAAAUUAAAAUCAACGGUGUUCAUAAACCACGAUCUAACACCGCAAGAAAGUCUUAUCUCCAAGAAAUUAAGGGAUGAAUCUCGCCGCUUGAAACUCUCGAACAAAAAGGUUAAAACUAGUAACCUCAAGAUCACGGUAGACGGUAUUGACUAUACAUACGACCUACACUUAGAAGCUAUAGUCCCGCUUAAGCACAGUCCAUCCCAACAAUACACAAAUAAUGCUCCUUUUGCCAGGGAAAGCGCCUAA